AUGGGGUUCUUUCAAGGUAAAGAAGGACGAUACAUUGGGAUUUGGUAUGCCAUGGAUAACACCACUGUGGUGUGGGUUGCUAACCGUGAUAAUCCGGUGCUGGAUUCCACAGGAGCUCUUAUAGUUGCAGAAGAAGGUGUUAGGAUUCUGGACAGAAACGGAAACAGUUACUUCAGUACAGACGCAGGGGGAGCUUCUAACAAGACGUUGGCAUUGCUCGACAAUGGAAAUGCUGUUUUAAUAGACAUUAAUAAUACCUUUAUAUGGCAAAGUUUUGAUAAUCCUACAGAUACUUUUCUUCAUGGUAUGAAAAUGGACAUGAACUCAAAGUUGAUUUCCUGGAAAAGCCCGGACGACCCAACCCCUGGAAGCUUUGUGUUCCAAGAAGAAAAGACGAUGCAAUAUGUCAUUAUGAAUGGAACAACUCCUCAUUGGAAAAGUGGAAUCGGGUCAAAGAAUUACAAAUUGGAGCUAAACCAAAUGUUCCCUAAAUACGCAAGGUUUUUGAUGAGUCACACUGGAAACAUACAGUAUUUUACAUGGGUGGAAUCUGCUAAAGCAUGGAGUUUGGUUUGGGAAGAGCCGAAGGAUAUUUGUAGCAAUUUUCAAGUGUGUGGGCGGUAUGGUCUCUGUAGCCCAUAUAAUCAACCUAUAUGUAGUUGUUUGCCAGGAUUUGAAGCUAAUGAACCUGGAGUUUAUUCAGAAGGCUAUAGGCACGAGCCUAAAAUAUGUAGCAUUGGUGAAGCCGACGAGUUCCUCAAUGUUACCAUGAUAGAAGUUUCGAAUCCAACAUCUAUCGAAUCAAGAAUUGAAUCAGAUUGCAGAAACAAAUGUCUUGAAAACUGCCUGUGCAUGGCUUAUUCAUUUUCUCGUGGAAACACAGGAACGCAACAGGGAAGUUCCCGUCGUCCAAACAGCUGCAGGAUGUGGGAAUCGGAACUGUAUAAUCUUCAAAUGGAUGGAACAGAAAAUAUUUACAUCCGUAUUAACAGAGGCGUGGGAGGCUAUAACAACUCAGCACAAGGAUCUCCAUCUCCAACUCCUCGUGGCGAUUCAUCACCGUUCCUAUCAAAGACACGUAUUUUGGUCUUUUCAUUGACAAUUCUUAUGAUCUUAUUGUUAUGCAGCCUUAGCUAUACAUAUUACAGGAGACUGGUCCCCCAUGAACAAGGAAGAAAUUUCAUGCUUCAAACGGAUGAUAGUGAAAGACGAUCUAUAGACUUAAUACAUCUAGAACACUCAAGAGAAGACAAUAUAGAAGGCACCGGAGUACCAUUCUUUGAAUUUGAAAGCAUAUUAGCCGCUACAGAUAACUUCUCGGAUGCUAAUAAGCUUGGAGAAGGAGGUUUUGGGCCAGUCUAUAAGGGUAAGCUUCCUGAAGGAAUACAAGUGGCUGUAAAGAGGUUGUCUAGCCUUUCUGGCCAAGAUAUUGAAGCCAAUUUAGAUAACACUGAAAAUGCAUCUGAGAAAUAUAAGCUUGAUCGUGUUCCUUAUUUGGAUGCUGAAGCAGAGAUGGCCAAAACGGGCUCGACGUGGCCCGUGAACGGCUUAGGAUUGGGAUCGAGAAUGAUUGGGACUUGGGCUAGUAGGGACAGUAUCUUCAUCUUCUCGACAUUCAUACUGUUCACAUCUCGUCAGCGUUGUCAGGCAUCGCAAGACAACUUGACGAAGAACGAGUCAGUAAAAGAUGAGGAUCACGAAACUCUCGUUUCCCCCGGAAAAGUGUUUCAAAUGGGAUUCUUCAAGCCGGAAUCAAAUCAGAACGAUGAUCGUAGGUACCUUGGGAUCUGGUAUUAUACAGAUCCGAAGACAGUUGUGUGGGUUGCCAAUCGUGACAACCCGUUGUCAUCGGGUUCCUCUGUUCUAGCAAUCGAGAAUGAUGGGAACUUGGUAGUGAAGGAUAAGUAUCGAGAAUACUUCACCACCGGCCUCCCGCCAUCAUCUAGUGUCCGAACCUUGAAGCUGUUAGACACUGGAAACGCAAUUCUUGAAGAUAAAUCGAGAAACGUGGUGUGGUCUAGUUUCAGUUUCCCGACCGAUACUUUUCUUCCUGGUAUGUAUAUGGAGAAGGCCAUGAAGUUAACUUCCUGGAAGAGUCAACACGAUCCCGGAACCGGAAUGUUUGUAUUCCAGAAAGAUCAAGUCUUCGGUUACAACAAUUACACCAUCUUCGCCGAUAAAAAGCUUCACUGGAAAAGCGGGUUCGGACUAGAAAGCAACACGAACCCGACCAAAAUGCCGAUGGCCGCAAUUCACUUGUUGUCGAACACUAGCCGAAUACCGACUUUCUCCCGGCUAGUAAUGCAGAGUUCUGGUGAGAUUCAGUUCUACAAUUGGGAUUCAAGUUUCAGAAAAUGGGUUUUAAAUUGGUCGGAACCGAAAGAUUAUUGUAACAGAUAUAACGCUUGUGGACCGAAUAGUAGUUGUAACAUCAGUAGAAACGUCGAGAAGGAUUCGAUCUGCAGAUGCUUACCGGGUUUUGAGCUAAUUCCCGAUGUCACGACAUCAGAACAAACGUGCAAACGGACGUCAAAGAUCUGCAGUGGAAACGAUAGCAAUUUCUUGAGUAUGAUGAUUAUGAAGAUUGAUGUUACAUUUCAGACGUUUUUGGAGUCUAGAAACGAGCAGGAAUGCAAAGAGAAGUGUUUGGGGCUUGAUUGUUGCCAAGCGUAUUCAUAUAAUGCGGUCGGGAAUCCGGAAUUGGUUCUAGCCGGGGUUCCGGGAGGUAAACAAGGGUGCUGGAUUUGGAGUUCGGGAUCUCAGCUUGUCGAUAUUCAAAUCGGAGAUGACACCAGUGGACACAUAGUUGCCAUCAGGAACCCAGUUUCAGUAGGAUUCAAAAGCCCUCCAACAGCUAACAUAACUGCAAAAAGAACAAAGCCAAUAUCCCCUGAAGUCAUCAUUCUUUCAGCAAUUGUGAUUCCUGGACUUCUACUGUUAUGCUGCAUUGGCUUCAUUUGUUAUAGGAGGAGGAUCAAUAUCAAGAAAGGACAAGGAAGCGCAGAAAGCGAUUCUAUUCAUCAGUUUAAUGAAAGUGUGAGGCAAGUCCAGGAUUUGUUGGAUCCGUUUCAUUCAAAUGAAAAUGAUUCACAAACCAUAGGGAUACCUUUCUUCGUGUUUGAAAGAAUAUCGGCUUCCACAGAUGGCUUCUCGGAGGCAAAUAAGCUUGGUGAAGGUGGUUUUGGACCCGUUUAUAAGGGUAAGUUCCCGGGAGGACUAGAAAUUGCAGUGAAGAGGCUAUCGAUCCAUUCAGGACAAGGUCUAGAAGAGUUCAAGAACGAGGUUACUUUGAUUGCUAAACUUCAACAUCGGAAUCUUGUUAGGCUGUUGGGAUAUUGCAUGAAGGGAAACGAGAAGAUGUUAAUAUACGAGUAUAUGCCCAACAAAAGCCUAGAUGCAUUCAUAUUUGAUGAAACGCAAAGUGUAUUGCUUGAUUGGAAGAAGAGGUUCGAAAUAAUUCUGGGGAUAUGUAGAGGACUCAUAUAUCUUCAUCAAGAUUCAAGAUUGAGAAUCAUCCAUAGGGAUUUAAAGACGAGCAACAUAUUGUUAGACGAAGAUCUAAAUCCAAAAAUUUCGGACUUUGGAUUGGCAAAGAUCGUCAAUGGCAAAGAAGUCGAAUCUAAUACCAAAAGAGUUAUUGGAACCUAUGGUUAUAUGGCUCCAGAGUAUGCAUUGGAGGGAUUAUUUUCAAUAAAAUCUGAUGUUUAUAGCUUUGGAGUAGUUGUUCUAGAGAUCAUCAGUGGAAAAAAGAAACAUUAUCAAUGUGAACAAGCCAUCAGUCUUCUAAAUUAUGCUUGGCAUUUGUGGAAGGAAGGUAGACCGUUGGAUCUAAUGGAACGAGUUCUAACAGAAAGCUACGACUCCGAAGAAGUAUUGAAGUGCAUAAUUGUCGGUCUUUUAUGUGUGCAAGAAGAUCCUGAUGAUCGUCCUAGUAUGUCGAACGUAGUAACGAUGCUCACGAGCGACAUUGCUACACUUCCCGAACCAAAGCAACCGGCAUUUUUAAACAACAAACUGAUGGAGAUAUCAAUGAAAACGAUAGAAAAAAGUGAGACUGCAAAUUUUACGAAAGAUUGCGAAGGGAGCUCAAGCACAGGAACACCAGAAAAAGAACAAGGAGAGAGGUGGAAGGAGCUAGAGAUGCAUAAACAGGCUAGGACCCAAGAUAGGUCAUGAGCCAGGCAAGCUUGGUCCCGACCUCAGUUAGGCUCAUCGGUUCAUAUUAGUAUUCAUUAAUGAAUAUUAUUAGUAUUCAUUAAUGAAUAUUGAUUACAAUCAAAGCUGGUUAAAGCUAGAAGCCCGAUUAAACACCAAGUCGAGACCAUUUCAUUUUUGUUUAUUUUUCUUAUGUGUUUU